CUCCCCCUCCCCCUCCCCCUCCCGAACCCCCAAUGGCGUCGUCGUCCUCGUCGCCGCCGGCGCGCCGCUCCGUGUUCGACGCCGCCUACAUCCGCGCGGAGUUCGACGCCGCCGGCAUCUCCCCCUCCUUCAUCCCUGCCAUCUGGAAGUACGUGCUGCAGAACCCUAGGUGCAGCGACCUCGACGGCGUCCCGUCGCUCUCGGCGGCCGCGUACGCGCUCCUGCGGAACAAGUUCCGGCCGACCACCUCGACCCUCACCGCCGCCGCCGAAUCCAAGGACCGCACCACCACCAAGCUGCUCAUCCGCCUCCAGAAUGGGGAAUCUGUAGAAGCAGUGAUCAUGCGGUAUGAUUCACGACUGGGGAAGUAUGAUGGGAAGACACGCCCUGGAGGAGUGCGUUCAACCCUGUGUGUAUCAUCACAGGUUGGGUGCAAGAUGGGCUGUAGAUUCUGUGCUACUGGAACAAUGGGAUUCAAAAGCAACCUUUCCUCUGGAGAAAUUAUUGAGCAGAUGGUCCAUGCAACCCGUUAUUCUCAAAUUCGAAACAUUGUUUUCAUGGGAAUGGGGGAGCCAUUAAACAACUAUACUGCUUUGGUUGAAGCAAUCCAAGUCUUGACAGGAUUUCCCUUUCAGAUUUCACCCAAGAGAGUUACUGUAUCUACUGUUGGGAUUAUCCAUUCGAUCAACAAGUUCAACAAUGAUCUUCCAAAUAUAAAUUUAGCCGUGUCAUUGCAUGCUCCUGACCAAGACAUACGUUGUCAUAUAAUGCCUGCAGCACGGGCCUUUCCUUUAGCAAAGUUAAUGAAUGCAUUACAAUCGUAUCAAAAUGCGAGCAAGCAGACAAUCUUCAUUGAGUACAUUAUGCUUGAUGGAGUGAACGAUCAGGAGGAGCAUGCCCACAAGCUUGGUAAACUACUUGAAAAUUUUAAAGCGGUUGUUAACCUGAUACCAUUCAAUCCAAUUGGCUCAGCAAGCACUUUCAAGACAAGCAGUGACCAGAGCAUUAAGAAGUUCCAGAAGGUCCUGAGAGGCAUCUACAGCAUCAGAACCACCGUUCGCCAGGAGAUGGGUCAAGACAUAGCCGGUGCCUGUGGGCAGUUGGUGGUUAGCCUGCCCGAUGAAAGAUCGGCAGGUGGUGCCACCCUUCUGUCAGACAUCGAAGACCUCAGGAUCUGACCUCUGCCCUACCUGUUGCCCGAUAUAUCAUCGAAAAGUCGAAUUAUUACCAGUCAGCGUCAUGACUUGAUAUAGUAUCUAGCACCAUAGUUCCCAACCAAGCUUUUAAAGUACAGACCUGAUUUUGGCCAUCGUGUGUGUUUCCCUUCCAACUUGGGAAUGCAAUUUUUCUGCUGUUAGCACAAAUGCGGAAAUGCUUGGACAGCAACUGAAAAAUGGUGGCAACUCUAUCCAAACCUUGUGAUGGACAUAUAUAUAGUAGCACCGCAGCUCUGGCCUUGCCUUCGA